AUGGAUCGCUUCAUCCCCGCUUCUGAACUCUUGCCGGUCACGGUCGCAUCUGCUCUGGAGGAGUCAAACCUCGCGAUUUCUGCAGAUGCUGCAUUUCUGUCCGACGUCCCGACUAUCGUGCCCGCCGUUGGUUUGCCCCUCGCGUCCUUCCUCGCUGCUGUCCUCGUCCUCCUUCCUCUGCAAUGGCAUUGGCGAGCUCGUAAUAUCCCUACCUUGUCUAUCAUCGUAUGGCUUUUUAUCGUGAAUCUGACGCACGGCGUCAACGCCAUCGUUUGGUAUCAUAAUGUCGAGGCCCAGCUCGUCGUCUGGUGCGACAUCACUACCAAGCUUGACAUAGGCGCAAACAUAGCGCUGCCUGCGGCGUGCUUCUGCCUAUGUAUGCACCUGGAACGCAUCGCCUCCGAGCGGCAGGCGAAGACAACCUUCACCGACAAACGGCGGCGGAUGUGGACUGACCUCGCCAUCUGCGUUUGCAUUCCUAUCAUCUAUAUGGCGAUGCACUACAUCGUGCAGGGACACCUGUUUGACAUAGUCGAGGACUUCGGGUGCCGAGCGGAAGACUACGUCUCCAUCCCCGAAUUCUUCAUCAUGUGGCUUCUGCCCAUCCUCUUCUGCCUCGGGACGUUCGUCCUGUCCGGCCUCGCUUUCGUCCACUUCCUCCGCAGACGAGCCAUAUUCGCGCGGCACCUCGCCAACUCCACCAGCGGGCUCACGCCCACCCGCUACUUCCGCCUGAUGGCCAUGUCGCUCGUCGAGAUGUUCUGGGCGGUGAUCGUCAUCGCCAUCACGCUGUACUUCAACUACCGUGACGGCCUGCGCCCGUGGAUCAGCUGGGCCAACGUACACUCCGACUUCUCGAGAAUCGGGCAGUUCCCGACCGUUCUCAUCCCGACGACCGAGUUGCGCUGGACGUAUUUCCUCUGGUGGACAACACCUGUGUCCGCCGGCCUUUUCUUCAUAUUCUUCGCCUUUGGAGCAGAUGCCGUCAAAGAAUACGGCUCAUGCAUCGAAUGGUUGCGCCGCGUCGCAAUCCAUCGGAAUGAUAAAAAUGCUCCCCUUGCUGCGACGCUGCCUUCGUUCUGCCAAUCGAGCCCUCCACAAUCGCACUUCAUUUUCGUGAAGACGUCUAAACCAGAAAGCGAUACGUGUCCGGGUCCCACUGACAGCAAGGACAGUUAUCCAGAAAGGCCCAGCACCGCCUGCUCGACAACGUCAACCUUCACUUCCCCCAAGCAUCCUGCUCCGUGCGAGGCGUCUUCCGAUCCUUUCGCUUCGUCCGAAUCGUCAUCGUAUUUUGUUGCUAUGUCUCCUCCUGCGAGAUGCCCCAUCAGCCUCUCUCAAAGCGAGUGUACGACUCCUAUUACUCUUGCAUGA